UCAUCGACAAAAAGGGUGGCUGCAAUCGUAAAAAAAACGGUGAGUGAAUUGGUUGCCAGUGCGGCGUGUAGUAAAAUUCCACAAAAAAUUUGUGUACUUAUUUUUCUGCAAGAGGCAAACAAAAGCAUUUUCACUUGUAAAAUCAAUUGGUUUUCACGAAUGAGCAGAAAAUUCAUUGCAAUUCAGUUUUAUUGCGUGCAGUGCAUAAAAUUUGAAAAACAACCAAAAAAAAAUUUAACAAGAAUUGAAGCAAAGAACCCGCAGAAAAUUGGUGUAAAUGCAAAGUGUGUGAGAAUCUAACAAAAAGCAAUUAAGAUUUUAUUCGCGGCUGGUUUUCCAAUGUUUUCUGUCCCCUCACUCUUGGUGUUCGUAAAAUAUAAUCGUCAAAAUUAAUGUGGUUAAUAAAUUAAUAAUAAAAAAAAACUCUAAUGUUAACAAAGUAACGUUGGAGCUAAUAGUGAAGAAAUAAAAAUUAAAUUAAUCAUGUAAACAAAAAAGUGAGACAGAGUAAAAAGAGAUAUUGUUUGUUAGCAAGAAGAAAAAAAAGUAAAGAAAAACGUAUUAAUACAAGUAAGCUGGAAAAAAUUAGUGGAAAGCGGAAGAACGUGAAACAAACCAGAGAAAUGCGCUAGUCGAGGCUUAUCUAUUAUUGUUGUUGGCCCCACAAAAUGUUUAAUGCUUGCCUGCACACCGUCUAACAACUGCCCUAACUUCAGUUAAACAGCCAUUAAUUUACUUGCCGUACCUGGAAACGUGGAACGCCUCUCGCCUGUUCAGCUUCCGUAGUGCAUACAUAUAUAUGUAUGUACAUGUGUUUACAUGCCAUUUAUUUGGGUUUAAAUAACUACAACAAAGAAUUAAGAAAAAAAUAUUGUAAAUUUAUAAUUUGUAAGCGGAAUUCGCAAUUGUCAUCAGUCAGCUUAAAACAGCGCACUAUCCAUUGCAAAUUUGUGAAAGAAAGGAAUUUUGCGGCUUCCGCACUCAAUGCCAUUGCAAGCCUAGCGUUUUCAAAGCAUGUAAUCAACGCUUCAAUAAAUCUAAAAAAACGCCGUUGCUCUCCGUUAAAGUUUUUGUAAAAAGUAAUCUCUUGAUUAGUAGAUAUGUAUUAAAUAAAAAUAAUAACACAGUGUUUGUUCGUGUAAAUGUCAGUUUCAAAGUGUUGCAAAAAAUAUUAAUUAGCAAAAGUAGUAAUUGUGUGUAUAUAGUAUAAUUAAAGAAAUUAAAAAUUUCAUAAAAUCAAAUAUAAUAUUAAUAUCCAUUAUCCAUUAAUUUAUUGCAUAAAAAAUCAAUUACAAGUAUUUUAACGCAUUAAAUCGCAUUAUCGCAAAUCGUUGACGUGUCGCGCGUGCUCGUUUUUUACUGUUGCCGUUGGAAAUUUGCAUUAAUUGUAUGGCAAUUUGUUGAAUGGCGGCCAUUGUUGGCCCCAAAAGGCAAACCGUAAACGGUAUAAGGGUCAAUCCCAAUCCCAAUCAUAGUCAUAAUCACAUUAGCGGUCGUGUUCAUAGUCGCACUGGUGGCAUAAGCGCUAACAACAUCAGUCGGUUUAACAUCAGCUCCAGCGCCAGCGCCAGCACCAGCUCCAAACAGUUUAGUCAUACGGCAGUAGUGCCCGUCGCUGCACCCACGUCGCGUCCUCGUUCGCAUAUUUCGAUGAGCGUAUCAAUGUCACUGGUACAAGGAGGAGCUGCUGGCGGUGCCCCACAAGGUGCCAUUUUAGCUGCUGCAGCACCAUAUUACCAGCCACCCGCUGUGCCACAGGAUGUUCAGCCGGAUCGUCCAAUUGGCUAUGGUGCUUUCGGAGUUGUAUGGUGAGUAAAAUAUGGAAAAUUAUUAUUUGUAAUACUUGCUUUGUAAUUGUAAAGAAAUUUCCCUAAUUGAUGUGCCCAUGUAUUUGAGUGCAGCUGCUUGUUGGUGUGCUCUGUGUAAGGCAUAAGGCUUUUCUUAUUUCCCCGGUUGGUUAUGCGUUUUAUACUUUUCAUAUUACUUGGACUUUAAUCCAUUGGCACAAUGGCAUUGCAGUGCCGCGUUGAUAUUACAAUUUCCUGUGCCUUAAUAUUACAGGUUUUUCUUAGCCGGUGUUUAAAGGAAUAUCGUGCGCGCCUUAGCCACCACCAUAAAGGAAAGCAAAUCCAUCAACCACCACAGUGGUAGUUGUAAUAUGCCGCUUUAAGCCAACAACAAAAACAAUAGUGAAGGGUUAUCAAGUUUUAAAUAGAUUUACAACAUUUUGCUGUGACAAAAUAAAUUUUAAGGGUGUCCCUUAAAACUAAAUCUUACGGAAGACGUCUGUAAUUUCAAAUGCUUACAUUUCUGCUACAUAAUUUCCAUUUUCAUAUUUCCACAUAUACGAAUUAUAAAAUACACGCGACGUACGUUUGGCUUUUGUUUAUUUUGGGAGCUCAUAUUGCAGUGUGUGAGUGUGUGCGGCGCGAUUAACGUCAACUGGGAAGCGCGCAUUUUGAUUCGUUCAAAUCUUUACAAAAUCAUUUGAUCCUUAGAGUUCUUUCCUGUUUUAAUCUUUAUGUGCCACCACCGGCACACAUUGCAUUUGGCUUCGUCAAGCAAAGGUUCAUUGGCUUUUGCAGACGCUGUAGGUUGUUGCUGCGCGCUCGCGCUUAUACUCGUACAUAAAUGGGGUAAAGCGGCGUUCAGGCAAUAUUCACUGUGGCUUUCAGCAUUACAAAGUGUAGCGUUCAUAUUUUGUCUAGGGCUAGGGCUUGGGCAUAUAAAUAUGUAUCCGUAUGCACAUAGGUAUGUGUGUGUGUGUGUGAAUUUGUAAGUUGAGCUGCCUGCAUCUCCUCGUUUCAGCUGUCGUUUGUGUAUGGCUGUUGUAACUGCUACUGCAUUAACAUUUACAACACCACUACACAGCAGCCCCUGUUCAUUUCUCGUUCAUUGAGGGUUGCUUACACUCAAAUAUUCUUCCUAAAUACUUGGCUGGCUAGCUGGCUGUUGUUCGCAUAGGAAAU